UUAGCUGGAAACACCGGAAGUAACGCAUUGGCGCGAAUAACAACAACAAAGCUAACGCUUGAAUUUAGUUGAACUCUUUUUAUAUAUAUUUGUCUUAACCUAUUAUUACAUGCAUAUAUAAGGUGCGAGUAACUCUUGCUCGUGAUAAGAUGAGCAUCAAUGGUCUCUAAAUCGUUUUUUACGUCUUGUAUACUUCUUGUAUUGUCAGCUAACCGGUUACAUGGGAAGUUAAGUUAGCAAAGACUGCCUAAACCUGACAGCACUGACCACUGUCAGAGUGCUAGUCCUAUGUUUUCUGACAGUAAUCAUUAAGAGGAGCCAGCGGUUGAACAUGUUCAAAGGAGACAAGGGAUGCUUUAUUGUGAAGUUUGUAGAAAGCAAAGGACAGCAAUCAGAGUAUGCUACCAAGGCAUACGAGGCUAUUUUGGAGCUGCAGUCUGAGAAGUACUUAAAAACCAUAGAUGAAGAUGCUGUCCUACAAAUGGAUCAGAAUGACAGAGCUCUGUAUGUCUUCAGCAGCUUUGCUACCCCAGCCUUUCUGCACUGUCAACAGCUUGGCUGCAGAGUGGUGGGUCCCCUGGUGGUGUUGUACUGUCUGCAGCAGCAGCAUUGUGUCCCUAAAGCACUGAAGCCUGUCUAUAACAUGGCCAUGGAUGACAUCACUGUUUCUUGCACAAGCCUGGAUAAAGCAAAGCGGACAGAGGUGAUGGAUUUGGUGCAGCUAAUGGGUGGAAGAGUCAGUCUUGACCUUAAUGUGGCUGUGACACACCUGAUAGCUGGAGAGGUGGGCAGUAAAAAAUACCUGGUAGCUGCCAGCUUAGGUAAACCCAUACUGCUGCCUUCUUGGGUCAAAGCCUGCUGGGAAAAAUCUCAGGACAGUCUUUUCAGGUACACAGAGCUACCCAUCGAGGACUUCCUGUGUCCAGUGCUUCGUGGCUGUACUGUUUGUGUGACCGGCCUCUCCACCGCAGAGCGUAAAGAGGUACAGCGCCUCUGUGAGCAGCAUGGAGCCAACUACACCGGUCAGCUCAAAAUGAAUGUGUGCACUCACCUCAUCGUCAGUGAACCUACAGGUCAGAAGUACGAGUGUGCUCGGAAGUGGAACGUGUAUUGCGUUUCACUGCACUGGCUGUUUGACAGCAUUGAGAUGGGGUUUUGUCAGGAUGAGAGCAGAUACACUGUGGAACGUAAUGCAGCUAAACAAACAAGACCGCACACUUCAACACCUACUGGAACAAGCAAGAAAGAGGAUGGUCCUUCACUGUUGGGCUUGAGUCACAUCUCUGUUAAUGCUAGCAUGACGAUAAAUGAUACAGCGCUCACCAACAGCACCGUUAGCCGCCUGGAAGCUCCAGACCCCAUAGACAGCCUGGACAUCACUGUCUGUCCAACUGAGGAUAUACUGGAUGGCUGUAAGCUGUAUUUGUGUGGCCUGCCAGGCAAGAAGCUGGAAAAGCUGCGUCGUCUUGUGAACGCUGCAGGAGGUCUUCACUUCAACCAGCCCAGUGAGGAACUCACACAUGUGGUCAUGGGAGAGCUGGACCAGGACCUCAAGAACUUUCUAUCAAAGGCAACACAUAGACCUCAUGUAGUGACAGUGCAGUGGCUGCUGGACAGUUUCAACAAAGGCAGUCUACUCCCAGAAGAAGGUUACUUCCACCCUGACUGUCUGCCUCCAGCUGUUUCUGUCCCUGCUCGUCACGCUCCCUCCUCUCGGCUCUCAGCUGUCCCUCCUGCAGCCAGUCCCUCCACCCCCCAGCAGAAGAGGACAGAUGAAGAUCUGCUCUCACAGUACAUGGAUGAUGACCCUACUGUCGUUGACAUGCCCCCUCCAGCUGAUGAGAGCAACAGGAGGUCCAUCAGCACAGCCGCAGAGCCUCAGCCUGAACCCUGGGCACCAAACCAGACCAGAGGACCAGAGCCUGGAUCCAUGCUGCAGGAGGCCAGCGAGGCAGGCUUGUUUUUUGGGAAAUGUUUUCUUCUUGUUGGCUUCGGCGCUGACGCUGAGGCUCAGCUGUCUGCGCUGGUAACGGAAAAUGGAGGCAGGGUGCUAGUGGGGCGUACACGUGUUGUUGCUGACUAUGCGGUGGUCCCACUGCUGGGCUGUUAUGUGGAAGCUACGGUGGAUGAAGUGGUCACUGAUACCUGGCUGGCCAUGUGUGUGGAGAAGGAGUGUGUUCUGCAGCUUUCCUCCAACCCUCUGUUCACUCCUGUUCCUGUGAUGGACGGACGUUUUCCCCUCAAAGACUGCGUCCUCUCUGUCAGUCAGUUCAUGGGAGCAGAGAGGGAGUCUGUGGUGGAGCUGGCCAAACACCUAGGAGCAAAUGUCCAGGAAUUCUUUGUGCGCCUGGCUAAUCAAAAGAAAGGCAUGAUGGCCAGCAGUCAUCUAGUGCUGCAGAGCCCUGAAGGCUCAAAGUACCAGGCAGCAAAGAAAUGGGGGCUUCCAGCCAUCACCAUGCACUGGAUACUGGAGUCUGCUCGUACCGGCCAGAGGGCAGAGGAGGGGCGUUUUCUUGUUGACUUGCCACCAUCACCAGACAGGGAUGACGAGAGUUUCGUCGGUGGUUCCCAAAAGUUGGCCAUGCCUCCUCCUCCUUCCCGUUUGUCUCCAGAGGUCCCCCUGCUGGGUCUCCAGAGCGGUAAGGCUGUCACCCCUCUAGAUGUUGGUCGCUUCCAGAGCAAAGUAUUCAGGGCCAUGUUGGAUGAAAGGAAACCCAAAGAGGACAUCAGCACCCCUAAACAAAACCAGGAGAGCAGCAGAAGACACCCCCUACAGAAAGAAGCCUCACUGCAGCUGGACACGCCCUCUCGUUUCCUCAGCAGAGACAAGCUCUUCAGACCUACCUUCAAUAUCAAGCAUGCACUCACAGAACUGGAGACUCCAGGGGGACGAUCCAAACCAGGAGAGAGGGUGGAAACCCCUCUCACUGAUGUCCUCAACAGGAACCUCAAGGUGGCUCUGGCCAAUAGCAGCAGAAAUAACGUCACAGAUAUGCAAGCUGUCUCUGCUAGCCCCCAGCUUACCAAGACCACAGAGAAGGAGGUCCCAGAGAAAGAAGCGGCUCCUCUGACUGGUGUUGUGAUCUGUGUUGGAAAAAAGCUGAGUAAAAUGCAGGGUGAACUCAAUGCCGUCGCUGCCUCACUUGGCGCGGACUUCAGAUGGGCUUGUGACGACACAGUGACUCACUACAUCUACCAGGGCCGUGUGGGCGACAACACCCGGGAAUACAGAGGAGUGAAGGAGAGAGGACUGCAUGUGGUCUCCCAGCACUGGCUGCACGCUUGUGCUGAGGAGCAGAAACAUGUCCCUGAGUCUCUGUAUCCGUUCACCUACAACCCAAAGAUGAGUCUCAACCUCAGCCAGGUUCCCACCAGCUCACAAAGGUCUCCCCCUUUAACACGAACACAGCUCAAAGAGAUAGCUGAGGCGAAGGACAAGUGUGAACAAAGUAUGAACCCAGAAGACACUACAGCUUUACGUCGAGUUAAUGAUGAAGGAUCAGACCAAGAAGAGGUCCCUGAUGCUGCAGAGAAAAGUGAUAUUUCAGAGACUCUAGAAAUGAGAGAGAAUCUACAAAGGCAGCUCCAAGCGAUCAUGUCAGCCACAAAGCUAACGACAGGACGCCGUACCUCUGUCAGACUCAGCAGGAUGGGUUUUGGAGGGGCAGACUCGGGGCCUCAUACACCUGACGUGAGCCUGGCUGGACGAAGUGGGAACAGAAGAACUCUGGAAGCUUUGAGGGUUACCAGAGAAGCGGCCAUGGACAUCAACACAGAGCCGUCUCAGAAUGAACAGAUAGUCUGGGACGAUCCCACGGCCAGAGAGGAGAGGGCGAAGCUGGCUGAUAAUUUACAGUGGCCUGGAAGUCCCUCACAGCAGUCAGAGCCCCUUGCCCCUCCACCUCCUACUGCAGAAAACGGCGCUCAGUACAGGGACUCCAUGACGGACUCAGAGCUGGUGGAGAUGGCUGCUUGUGAUGUCAUCGAGCAGCAGAUGGGGCGGAAAGUUCAAACACCUCAAACAGAAAUGCGAGAAAAUGACCUCCUCACUCCUGAAGCUCCCAGCAUUGCUUUCCCUCUUGCCAACCCUCCAGUAGCACCAGAGCCACAGGAGGAGCGUGAGGAAGAAAAGCAGCCCCCCAGAUUCCAGCUGUCCUCCCUCAGCCCUCAGGAGCGCAUUGAUUACAGCCACCUCAUCGAGGAGCUCGGUGGUGUAGUCCUGGAUAAGCAGUCUUUUGACCCCAGCUGCUCCCACAUCAUCGUCGGGACUCCUCUGCGUAAUGAGAAGUAUCUGGCAGCGAUGGCAGCAGGCAAAUGGAUCCUGCACCGCUCGUACCUGGAGGCCUGCCGCUCUGUGGGACAUUUCAUCCAGGAGGAUGACUACGAGUGGGGCAGUAGCUCUAUUCUGGACGCGUUGCCCUCCAUCACGUCCCAGCAGAGGAGACUUGCUUUAGCUGCCAUGCGCUGGAGGAAAACCCUGCAGGGACGCUCUGAGCAGGAGGGAGCUUUCAGUGGAUGGGCCGUCAUGUUGAACAUCGACCAGAGCAGAGAAUCAGGCUUCAGGAGGCUACUGCAGUCUGGAAGAGCGAAGGUCCUGCCGAGCCCCUCCCCAUCUUUGUACAAGGAGGCCACUCACUUGUUUGCAGACUUCAGUCGGCUGAAUCCCGGAGACUUUAGAGUUGACGUAUCAGAGGCUACAUCACAAGGAGUCACAUGCCUAAAGCCAGAGUACAUCGCGGACUACCUCAUGCAGGAUCCGACCCCUCCUAUCGCGCUGUACCUCCUGGCCGAAGCGCCUUCUGAUGAACCUCCAGGCACUCCGUUACGUAAGCGUAAAGCAGCAGCCGACAACUCCAGGGUGAAGAAGACACGUCUGAACUGAGACUUAAAAUACUAAAUUAUCCCAUUUCAAUGUCCACGUCUGUGAAAGUAAUUGUAGAUAAUUAUUUUAUUUCUUAUGGCAUGAAAAUAAAA